AUGGCCCCCAAGGAUACUUUCUUCCGCUCAGUGGAUAUGAGCUUAAUCCAGCUCUAUAUGGCCAACGAAAACGGACAUGAAGUUGUCAGAGCUCUAGCUAGCUUGACAUCGGAGAUCGAUGAGCUUGUCGAACGCACCGAGUGUCUAGAGCAGCAAAUUUCUUCUUUGAAUGAUAGCUACGAGACCCUGAUGAAGCGUGAGUUGGAGCUGACCGAAUGGGCUAUUUCGAAGCCGGGAGCUACUUUGACGAUGCUUACGGACCAAGGGAAGAGAUCCGCCAGUCGCUUAAUAAUGAUGAAACGCGUCUCCCAUCCAACGUUGAAUAACAGGCUGGCCUGGACAAUGAUGCUGAGGGCCAGUCGGGGACCCCGGAUAUGA